CGGGACUUCGAUACUAGAUUGACGAGUGACGAUGUUGACUAUCUUGGUAACCUUCUAGAAUCUCUGGAAGUUAAUAAUUUACCCUUCUUCGUGUGUUUCGAGCGCUACCUAACGCAGGCCCUUUGGGGGCGUAUUUCUGGAAUUCACGAUGUUGAGUAUUUUGGCCAGGACCAUGGCAAAGACAGGUAUGGUGAAAUCCUGUUGCUUGGUUAAGCCUGUGUCUGUGACGCGGAUCACCGGUCGCUACCUGGCUCACCAGGAAGGGCUCCCCCACCUGCCCGUGCCUCCUUUGCAGCAAACGUGCCAACGCUUCAUCAUGGCCAUGGAGCCAAUCGUGGACAAGGAGGAGCUCAGUCACACCAAGGAGCUGAUAGCUGAAUUUCAGAAGCCAGGGGGUGUGGGGGAGAGAUUACAGAAGAGCCUGGAGAGGAGGGCGCAAAAGACUGAGAACUGGCUCUCAGACUGGUGGUUGCAAACAGCCUAUCUAGACUACAGGAUGCCUGUGGUGAUCCACUCAAGCCCUGGGGUGGUUCUGCCACGCAUGGAGUUCAAUGACAGGCAGGGACAGAUGAGAUUUGCUGCCAAACUGAUUGCUGGAGUUCUGGACUUUAAGGCAAUGAUUGACAAUGAGACUGUACCAGUGGAGUACCUGGGAGGGAAACCCCUGUGUAUGCAUCAGUACUACCAGAUCCUGUCCUCCUGUCGCAUCCCUGGCCUGAAGCAAGACACAGUGGUCAACCAUGCCCAAAGCUCCAGACCCCCCACACACAUCACUGUGGUACACAACUUCCAGUUCUUUGUGUUGGACGUGUAUAACAGUGAUGGAACCCCACUGACGGUGGACCAGCUGUACAUGCAGCUGGAGAAGAUCUGGAACUCCUCCCUACAGACUAACAAGGAGCCAAUCGGAAUACUGACUUCACAGCAUCGCAAUACCUGGGGGAAGGCCUACAACAACCUUAUCAAGGAAAAGACAAAUAAGGACUCUGUGCGAGCCAUCCAGAAGAGCAUCUUCACUGUGUGUCUGGACGCUCCCAUGCCACGCGUCUCAGACGAGAUGUACCACAGCCGGGCCGCAGUCCAGAUGAUCCACGGAGGAGGCAGUCGCUGGAAUAGCGGCAACCGCUGGUUUGACAAGACCCUGCAGUUUGUCAUUGGUGAAGAUGGGUCAUGUGGUCUGAUCUAUGAACACGCCCCUGCAGAAGGCCCACCAAUUGUUUCCUUGAUUGACCAUGUGGUUGAGUACACGAAGACAUUUGAGAUGAUACGUUCACCCAUGGUGCCCCUGCCCAUGCCCAAGAAGCUACGCUUUAACAUCACACCCGAAGUCAAGAGAGACAUUGAGAAGGCCAAGCAGAACAUGAACAUAAUGGUGCAUGACCUGGAUGUUAAAGUGAUAGUCUUCUCCCACUUUGGUAAAAACGUCCCUAAAGCCCACAGUAUGAGCCCGGAUGCCUUCAUUCAGAUGGGAUUACAGCUAGCCUACUAUAGGAUGUACCAGCGAUGUUGUGCCACAUAUGAGAGUGCCUCCCUGCGUAUGUUCAAGCUGGGCCGUACAGACACCAUUCGCUCUGCUUCCAUUGAUUCUGCCAACUUUGUGAAGGCCUUUGAUGAACCAGCGACACAAAACACAGAAAAGGUGGCUUUAAUGGAGAAAGCUGUGAAAGCACAUAGGGCAUACACUAACAUGGCCAUCCAUGGCCAGGCCAUUGACAGGCAUCUCCUUGGCCUGAAACUGCAGGCAAUAGAGGACCUGGCCUCCAUGCCAGAGAUUUUCAUGGACACAUCCUAUGCUGUGGCCUUGCACUACAACCUCUCCACUAGCCAGGUGCCAGCCAAAACGGACUGUGUCAUGUGCUUUGGUCCUGUGGUGCCUGAUGGCUAUGGAGUGUGCUACAAUCCCAUGGCCAAUCACAUCAACUUUUCCGUAUCUGCCUUCAACAGCUGCAAUGAAACGAAUGCAGCACGCAUGGCCAAGGCCCUGGAAGAUGCUUUAUUGGAUAUGCGAAGCUUACUGGAGCAGACACCUAAGGCCAAGCUGUGAGAGUAGGCUAGACUAUAGACUAGGCCACGGUUAAAUUAUUUGAGCUGAAACAGGAGUGGCUAAUGCAUGGCUAGGUUUUGGAAACAUUAAAGAAUAUGUGUGUAUUGUGUUUAAUGAUGAACAAUGAGACUGAUUGAUUGAUUGCCUGCCACUCUGUGCCAUGUUCCUUGAUUCAGAUACAAAAGAUACAGAAACAGUGGAAGGCUUUUUGUAGUUACAGUUUUGUACAAAUAUUACAUGUGUUAAUACAUGAACACUUAAAGACUGGUAAUUAUCGUAAUGUUUCUUUGAUGUAAGCAGGAUGGAAUGUGGACAGAGCAUGUGUCAGGUAUAUAUUUACUAUGAUUAACACUGUUCCACAAUAAGCUGGAUGUCCACAUUCAUUUCAGGUUUGUGUGUGUGUGUGUGUGUGUGGGGGGGGGGGGGGGGGGGUAUUUGUUUUUUAUAUUGACUGUAUAGUCAUGGCCAAAAGUAUUGGCAGUGAUAUACAUUUUGUGUUUGCAAAGUUUGCUGCUUCAGUUGUUGUGGUGUUGAUUCACAUUGUCACUCAAUUAUUGUGCAGAGUGAUCAUAAGGAUUUUUAAUAAAAGCCUCAUUGGCCCCCUAAAAAUGAAAUAUAAUUAAAAAAACAACAACAUUUAACUGUUUUUGGGGCCUGGCCAAAUGACUGCUAACAUCAUUUCACUAAUCUUAUCAUCAGCACUUGGGAAAGUAGUUCGUAUCGGAUGUUGCUACUUUGUUCAACAAGUUUUACAGAUGAUUUGCACUCAGUCUCACAUGUCAGUCAUAUUUUUUUAAAUUCUUAUGUGACACAGGUGCUGAACACAAAUGUAGCAAGAGUACAGAUUAUGAAAAUAAAAACAUGAUCGAGCA